AUGUCAAAUAACGUUGAUCAGCACUUGAGCAUCCCCGUAAUCGAUCUUGCACCAGCUCGAUCUGGUUCGGAUGAGGAUGUCCAAAUUGUGGCCAAAGAAUUAUACGAGGCCUUCAAAAAUGUUGGCUUUGCAUAUGUGAAGAAUCAUGGUGUGCCUGAGGAUGUUGUCAAUGAAGCGUUUCAUUGGAGUCGCAAAUUCUUCAGUCUCCCACAAAGCGAUAAAGAUCUAGCUCCUCAUCCACCAGAAGCAUGGCAUCACCGCGGCUAUUCAAGCGUGGGUCGCGAAAAGGUAUCGCAGAUGAUCUUUGACGAGGCGUCGAUUGCUGCCGCACGGAACGUACCCGAUGUGAAGGAGUCGUUUGACAUUGGACGUUACGACGAUGCGACACGAAUGACAAACGUGUGGCUGCCGCGGGACGUUCUUCCAGGGUUUCGAGAGUUCUUUGAGGGGUUUUAUGAGAUUUGCUAUGCUGCUGAAAUGGAGUUAUUGAGACUCAUUGCGUUAGGAAUGGGGCUUGAGAAGGAGUAUUUCGUGGGGUACCAUGUGAAGAAAGAUAACCAGAUUCGGCUGCUGCAUUAUCCGACCAUCGAGGAGAAUCUUUUACGACAGGGAAAAGCGGAGAGGAUAGCUGCGCAUACGGAUUUCGGAACAAUAACGAUGCUGUUCCAGGAUGACGUCGGGGGGCUCGAGGUAGAGGACGUCAGUGAGAAGGGGAAGUUCAACCCUGCACCGUACAUACCCGGCACGGCGGUGGUGAACAUUGGGGAUUUUUUGAUGCGUUGGAGCAAUGAUGAGCUGAAGUCGACGAUGCAUCGGGUCAAGGCUCCGCCGUUGGUGGAAGGUGAGGGAGAGGUACCGAAGGAUAAGACGACGAAGGAAAGGUAUUCGAUUGUGUAUUUCAUGUGUGCGGAUAUGGAGAAGACGAUUGAUUGUGUGCCUGGCUGUUGGGGGCCUGAGAGGCCGAAGAAGUACGAGCCGGUGAACUGCAUGGAGUACACAAAUAUGCGGAUGGCGGCUCUUUAUUAG